AUGCCGACGUUGCGAUAUAAAAUAUAUCAUGACUGGUUGGAGUAUAGUGAAAUUGAAGAUGCCGCUUAUUGUUUAUGUUGUUAUUUAUUUCAAGAUGAAAGCAUUCAUCAAGGUGGAGGUGAAGAAUUUUCAAGUAUAGGAUUCAGAAGUUGGUACAAAAAGAAAAGAUUAGAUACACAUGUUGGAGGACCGAACAGUGAUCACAAUAAGGCAAAGAAAAAGGGUGAAGAUCUAAUGCGACAAGAACAAUCAAUCCAAGCCCCAUUUGUAAAGCCAUCCAAUCAAACCAAGCUUGAAUACAGAAUUUGUUUACAAGCUUCUGUUGAUGUGGUGAGACUCUUUUUGAAUCAAGGAUUGGCAUUUCGCAGACAUCGUGAAGAUGAAUCAUCAUUGAAUAAGGGUAACUUUCUUGAAAUUCUUUCAUGCUAUGCAAGUCGGUGUGAUAGGAUUAGAGAUCUUGUAUUGAAAAAUGCUCCAAAAAGUAAUCAAUUGACUUCUUAUAAAAUUCAAAAGGAUAUUGCCACUUCAUGUAAACUUGAAACAAUUAAAGCUAUUAUGGAGGAUCUAAAUGGUGAUUAUUUCUCAUUACUAGUAGAUGAAUCUUGUGAUAUGUCACGUAAGGAGCAAAUGGCAAUUGUUUUGCGAUAUGUUGAUGGUAAGGGAUCUGUUGUGGAACGAUUUAUAGGGAUUGUCCAUGCUCAUCAUACUAGUGCUUUAUGUUUAAAAGAAGCAGUUUUGACUCGUGUUGGUGUAUCUAAAAAAUGUCUUCAAGUUGAAGAACUUGUAUUGUUGAUUUCCAAUGUAUUAAAUGUAGUAGGAGGUUCUUUUAAACGAAUGGAUGAACUUCGACAAGCACAAGCAGAGAAAGUUCAAGAGGCCCUAGAUAUGGGAGAGAUUGAAACUGGUAAGGGCUUGAAUCAAGAACUCCGUCUUGUUAGAGCUGCUAAUGCUCAUUGA